GUCCGGGGUGCUGGAGACCCACCUCACCACACACUGUCUCCAAGGACAACAUUAAGACCCCAGGACUGGAAACGACCUGAGGAAAUCGCAAACUCGACACGGACACACCAUCCGGACACGAAGCUGAAAAAGGGGGACGUCUCCUCUCCAUCGCCUUUUGCGCACGACCACCCAUUAAAAACCCCUCUGGACCAGCGCCGCCAGCAAGCGAUGCACCUUGAUGCCAAGACAACGAUCACUCCGAUCGGUUUUUGUUUGUUUUUGUAGCGCAUCAUUCUUAAGCAGUCAUUCCAGAGUCGAUAAUAACAGUACGGACACUGUGUUCACACACAUGCAUUUAACUGGUUUCUUCUUCAUGAGAAUAUCCUCAUGGCCUGAAACUGACAUAAACUAUUAAAUCCGUCGCAUUCACUCUGGAUUGACGCCUUUUUUUUUUUUUAUCCUCGCAUGUCUUGAGUUUUCUGCUUUCUCGAGCACUGUCAUGCGUGUCCAGACAACGGUCUGAUGCUUUCAGACAGCAGUAGGUUAUUCAGCCACUGGUGACAGUGUCUUAAAGGUCCCUUUAAAUAAUCUGCCGGGCCUCCCUUAAAAACUGACUCCCUAUUUUGCGAUCCAAAGGAAUUGGAGCAAACAUCCCCCUUGGAAAGUUUAAGGUGGAGACCAGCACUGGGCCAUAACACAUCCAGGAGGUUUUACAGAAGGUUGCAGUCUCCGGACCGCAUGCUGUCAUGCUGUCCUUAGACAAGCCACUGGACCUGAAGGUGCCGAGGAGGCGGGUCAGUGGGCGGGACAGAGGCGCCAGGUCUCCGCCCACUCUCACUCCCUCUCCCAUUCACGGCAAGGGGGCGGGGCAGCUGCGGAUGGCAGACGACGGGACCGCCGUCAUCGUUCCAGCGUCUCCUGCUUCUCCACACACAGCAGGUGUCCUGCAGGACAAGUCGGAGACCCCCACCCCACCCGCCGUGGACCUCAGCAUGUUCCCGUCCUCCCGAAACACAGCCUGCUCUCCGGAUCUCUCCAAUGGAAACGGCUCAGCUCCCAUUUUCCCUGGGGACUCAGCUCAUAUCCGUUACAUGGAAGGAGGAGCCACAUCUCAAGCGUUCCAGUUCUUCGUGCCCAUUGGAGGAGGUGGAGGGCUUCACCUCCCUUCAUCGAUGUUCAUUCGGCAGCCCAAGGACACAAGAGCUUCUCCAGACCUCUCUGCAGAUGAACAGCUGGCCUGUCGCUGGAGGAAGUGCCACCUACUUUUUGACUCCUUGCAAGACCUGGUGGAUCACGUCAAUGACUUCCAUGUAAAGCCUGAGAAGAAUUCUGGGUACUGUUGCCACUGGGAGGGAUGUGCACGCAAAGGAAGGGGAUUCAACGCCAGGUACAAGAUGCUGAUACAUAUCCGUACUCACACCAAUGAGAAACCUCACCGCUGUCCCACCUGCAACAAGAGCUUCUCCCGACUGGAGAACCUCAAGAUUCACAACCGCUCACACACAGGAGAGAAGCCCUACAUCUGUCCAUACGAGGGCUGCAACAAGCGCUACUCCAAUUCCAGUGACCGGUUCAAACACACGCGCACACACUAUGUGGACAAGCCCUACUACUGCAAGAUGGUGGGCUGCUUGAAACGCUACACAGACCCCAGCUCCCUAAGGAAGCAUAUCAAGGCUCAUGGGCACUUUGUAGCCCAGGAGCAGGGAGGUCCGGGUGGGGUGGGCUCAAUGAUGAAGCCGGGGCAGAUCGCAGGGGCAGGGAAAGAAUCUGAGCUGACUUACGUCAGUGGGGCCCACAUCAUCAUUCCUGGUGCUGCCGCUGCUUUCCUGGGCAGUCACGGUCUGCAAGGUCUCGGAGGCUCCCUCCCCUUGUCCCCCCUCAGUCCCUGCCCCUUGGACUUGAGCACACUGGGCUGCCCAAGCUCCCCUCCAGCUGGGCUUGGGGGGACAUCCAUCCUGUCCUUCAGCGGUUCCCCGCUUGGUCUGACCAAGUCACACUUUCUGUCUCCUACCUUCUCAUCUUCCACGUUGGGGUUGCCCAUGGUGCCCAUUUUGGGCUCGGAGCGCAGGGACCAUGGCAAGGGCAAGGCCAGAGGCGAGGAGGGUGAGGACGAGAUCCAUGGCGGUGUGCUCAACCUGUCUACGGGGGCGUCCCACGACCCCCUGUCUUGGGUUGUCAUCCCUUCUGGCCCAGUGGUGCUGAAGCCAGCUGUGGUCAACUGAGCACCACAUUCCAGAGGAAUGGCAGGGGAAGGGUGGGGGUGGAACAGGGGUCAGAGGUCAGAGGCAAGCAUGUGGGGGGUUUUCACAAAGCAAAUGCAGUUAUGCUUGGAGGUGACACAAUCUUCUUCAACUUUUAGCGCUACUUGAGUUCUAAUUUGUACCUUAUGGUCGGACACAGCUACCUGUUUCUUGUGAUAACAGAGAUGGUAUCUUGAAGAAAAUUUAGCGUAACGAUUCAGAAAGUGGCCAAACAUUCACCUCCGUUCCUUUCUCUUUCUCUCUGGCUUAUCUUUUUACCAGGGUUGUCCAAUCCUGCUCCUGGAGGGCCACCUUCCUGGAGAGUUUAACUUCAGUCUACACCAACACACCUGCUUGGAAGUUUUGAGUAAUCCUGAAGAGCUUGAUUAGCUGUGUUUAAUUAGGGUU